ACCAUGUCCUUAUAUUCUUUAGUCAUUGCUGCUUCGUCUUCUUAUUUCUUAUUCAAAGGUGAAUUGUGAAUUCGUUCUGUGGAUGUGUCUGUGGAUCUGUGGUGAUUUAAUUUUUGUUUAUUAAUAGGAUUUUGCGAUUUGGCGAUAAACUCACAGAUAAGUAAUUUAUAUUUAUAGUAAUGAUAAUACCUAUAGAAAAGUAUGAUUCAAUAUGGUAAGCUUAUCUAGAAGUGUAAACACAAAUUCAGGGGGUGCAACAUUUUUUAGUGAAUCGGUAAAUAUGGAAGAUCAACAACAACUUCAGCCCAUUUUGGAUUCGGUUGUUGGUUUUACACCUCUGAAAACUCACCAUCUAUUUAGUGCUCAUUUGUUGUUUACAUUAAUUUUAGAUAUCGUAGCUAUAGUUUAUGCUUUUAAGCAUCCCGAUGAAGGCAGCAAAUGUAAAGAAUACUUUAUUAUAAUUUAUUUUCACAUUGCUUACUGGUUUGUUACAUUGAUAAUGCAUUUUGUGACAAAAUGUCUUCAUAAUAAAAUUCGGUUAAAUGGAUAUUUCGAUUUUCACAAAUCAACACAAGUUCACUCGGGUGUACCACUUGUAGUUGUGAGCCUUUGGACUGUAGUACUUUUGCUAGUACAAACACUAAUGCAACAUUAUUACCCUGAUAAUUUUUUGGAAAGGUGCAUAAAGGGUGGUUCAUUUUCACCAAAGUUUAAUCUUUGUGCCAUAAUAACCUUGGAGUGUUUAGUCAUUGCUGGAGUCAAUUCUAGUUAUAUAGUAAAAGUUAUGAAGUUCAAUAGAGAAAAAGCACCACCAGAUGUUCAAAGGAGUGAUUGGUUAGCUUCAGCUAACCCAGAUACAUUCAGCCAAAAUGAAAUUGGCUAUCAAGAAAUGGGUGGAAGAGUAUAUGACUUCUUAGAGAAACAGGCUGAACUGAUAACAUUUUUAAAAGAACAGAAUGCAAGGUAUGCUGAAAAAGUUAUGGUAUUGACAGCACAACUUCAGCAUGCCAGUUCAGGAAGAAUUAAUUAGUUCAUUAGAUUGAAUUAUGUUUAAAAAUAAUUCUGUUUUGUUUUAUUUCUGAAUAAAUAUACAUUUUCAAAUAU